AUAUUCUAAAUGUGUGUGCGUGCGUUUUCGGAUUUGUGUGUCGUGAGAACAAAAACCGAUAGAAAAAAUCCGUGUGAACACAACACCGAUAUUAUUAAAAAAAAGUACUGACAAAAAUAAUUGUCGCUGUCAGUAGGUUCGCCGAAAUAUAAGAAAUCGCCGGCAAUUACAGAUGCAAUAUAUAAUAAUUAUAAAAAAAGUUUCGUACUCCAUCGGUAAAAAAAAGAUAUUCACAUAGGUGCGCGCGUAGACUUUUUGUAAACAAUGCCGCGAACCAAAAAGAUUUAUUGGAGUCCUGAUGCCAUCAAAAUGCUUAUGAAGCUCUACAAGGAGCAUCCACACCUGUACGACGCGAAGCACGGUCAGUACUUCAACAAGGAUUGCCGCGCCGAGGCUUUUCAGCAGAUUGUGCUGGAAAUGAGGAAAAUAUACGACUGUAUACUGACUACAGACGUGAAAACCAAAAUUUGCACACUGAGGAGCCAGUACCUAAGCUAUUUGAAAAAGGAGAAGAACUACAUUAAAAGUGGUAUAGAAAAACCGAAUUGGGUGCACUGUGUGGAGUUCCUUAGACCAUUUCUGAAGCCGACCGACCGGCAGGAAACUCUAGACUUUGAUAUAAAACCGGAAGCUGACUCUGACGUUCCCAACUGUUUAAGCAAUGAUGAAAGUGAAGCUGGUUCUUCCUUCGACCCACUGUUAACCUCGCCCAACGAUAAGCUAGACAUCAUUAGGCCCAAGAAGAUUCUUUGGAGCCCAGAGGCCAUCAGACUGCUGAUUGAGCUGUACGAGAAGCGCCCGAAUUUAUAUGACGCCAAGAACGCUCAGUAUCGCAACAAACGGUUACGGGCCAAAUCAUUGCGGCAGAUUGUGAAGGAAAUGAGAAAAAUAUACGAGUCCAUAGACACGACAGACAUCAAAAAUAAGAUUGGAACAUUGAGGAGCCAAUAUCUGGUCCAUUUGAAGAAUGAGGCAAACUACAAUAAAAAUGGCAUGGAAACGCACGAGAGGAUGGCGCCAUUCUGUGUGAAAUACAUAGAGUUCCUCAAGCCACAUCUAAGGUUUUCUGAAAGUCAGAGAACUUCAGAGUCUUAUACAAAUCCCACUGAGAUAAAACCUGAAGCUGGCAUUGAGCUGCCAAGCUGUUUAGGCAAUGAUCAACAUCAGAUAGACAUACACGAGACUGAGAUAAAACCAGAAACUGAGGAGCUACAAAACUUUUUGAGGGAUGACGAAAGUGAAAGUGAUUCUUCGUUGGAACCAAACGAUAUGCUAAAAACCAAAAAGACCAAGAAGAUUCGUUGGCACCCCGAUGCCAUCAUAGCGCUUAUCACGCUAUACGAGAGCCGCCCAAACUUGUAUGACCCGCAGUACAACGGCUACCGCUCCAAACAGGAAAGGGCGAAGUCUUUGCAGCAGAUCGUCAAGGAGAUGAGAAAAAUAUACGACUGCAUAGACACGGCAGACAUUAAAAAUAAGUUCAACACUUUAAGGAGCCAAUACCUGGCCCAUUUAAAGAAGGAGGCCAACUACACGACAUGUAGUGUGCCCUUCUGGGUUAAAUACAUACAGUUCCUGAAGCCCUUUGUAAAAUGGUCCGACGAGCAGACUGAUGAGAUAGAACCAGAAACAGACUUCGGAUGUCCAAGCUUUUCAAUCGACUAUGAAAGUGACACUGAUUCCUCCUUCGAUCCACUAUUGAGCAGCAAAAACAAUCUGCUGAACAUCAUUCAGGCCAAGGACAUUCGUUGGAGACCCGACGACAUCAGAGCACUCAUAAAGCUGUACGAGCGCUGCCCAAACCUAUAUGAUCCGAGCAACGAUCAGUAUCGAAAUAAAAGCAUGCGUGCCCACUCGUUUCAGCAUAUCGUAAGGGAAAUGAGAUCCAUUCACGACCGCUUAGACAUAGCAGACAUCAACAACAAAAUUGUCGCCUUGAGGAGCCAAUACCUGUGUUAUUUGAAGCAGGAGGAGAUCCACAGUAAAAGUGGUACGGUCAUGCCCUCGACGUUCACACCAUUCUGGGUGGCAUACAUAAAGUUCCUCAAGCCAUUUCUCAAGCUAUCUGCAGAGCAAAGUUCUUUGGACUGCGACAUGAAUAAUCAAACGCAAGCAGAAACUGACGCAGAGGUGCCCUGCUAUUUAAGCCAGAUUCAAAGUGGACCCACUCCCCCGAUCGAUCCGCUCUUGGAGACUUUGGAGGAUGGUGUGGACAGCACGCGAGUGAACAACAAACGCAAGUUCAAAGCAGACGUAGACGCAUUCGGAGAGCUAAUAAAAGCCGAAAUGGAACAAAUUGAAGAUCCCAACAAGCGCCGAGCCCUACGCAUGAAGCUGUUGAAAGUCAUAGCCGAAGGCGAGGACUAAAAUAUGUCAGAUUCUACCACAAAAUCUCCUCUGUACUUGCCCGCCCGUUAUCGUUUCACAGAGACAUAAGAAAAUAUAGUUAUUAUAAUUUCUAGAUAUUUUAGUCACAUUUAAUGUUUUAUUUAAUAGUAAAAAGUCAAUUAUUUAGAGCUGGGUGAUGUAUCUGAUUUAUAUAAAUGUAGCCUUUACCAUAUAGUAUACCAUAUGCACUACCGCGCCAAAGACCGUUUUACAAACAUUUACAAAAAUAUCUUGUAUUGCAUUUUGUCUUUCGAUAAGAUUAAUAAACUCUAUUACGUAAAAUA